ACUACCUGAACGCCAUAUUUUACGGCGUCUGGCGUUUUCAUCGAGAAAAAAAAAACAAGCACGUUUUAAACGAGUCGUCAUAAUUUUUUUGUAAAAACAAAGUUCAAAAUGUCGUACAAAGGACCUCAAAAAGUACAAAAGGUGAUGGUACAACCAAUCAACCUUAUAUUUCGAUAUUUACAAAAUCGAUCCCGCGUCCAAGUUUGGCUUUUCGAAAAUAUUCAUCUGAGAAUCGAGGGUCACAUUGUUGGCUUUGACGAAUACAUGAAUUUGGUACUGGACGAUGCUGAGGAAUAUCAUUUGAAAACGAAGAAUAGAAAACCAUUAGGACGUAUCAUGUUAAAAGGAGAUAAUAUAACGUUAAUACAAAAUACUAAUCCUGCUGCGAAUUGAAUUUGAAAAAAUAACCUCAAAAUGGGCAUUGGUAUGUCAACACAAGAAUCUACAUCGAGUGCC